AUGUGGACUCGUAGCGUUGGAGACACUACUCGGGUGGACACUUAUGGGAAAAGUAAAACCGACAAAAGUUUCAAAAGGGAACGUUUUUGCGCUAGCACGUCGUUGUUGACAAAAGAUAUGCCGAUUUCAAAACUUUGGCAGCUGGAUGUACUAGGAAUUUCGGAUCCACAAGAGAACCGGACUAAAGUUGAAUUAGAAAAGGCAGUUAAAACAUUGUUUAAGGAGACGACAGUGGUAAAUGAAGAAGGACGGUGUGAGGUGCAGUUGCCUUGGAAGGAAGGACAUCCACCGUUACCGCAUAAUUACAAUUUAGCGAAAAAGAGACUUCAAUCUGUAUACAACAAACUUCAAGCAACUGGGGACGUUGUAAGAUACUCUGAUGUAUUUGCACAGCGGUUGUCGGAAGGGAUUAUAGAAGGAUACCCCAAGAUGAAAUCGACAAUAUCGCACAUUAUAUACCGCAUCGACCCGUAUUCAAACUCCAGUACCACAACUAAGGUGCGUCCGGUAUUUGAUGCUUCAGCCAAGGAAAAGGGAAGACCAUCUCUAAACGAUUGCUUGGAAAAAGGUAUAAAUUUGAUUGCGUUGAUUUCUGAUGUGUUGUUACGCUUUAGAAUAGAAAGGGUUGGAGUAACAUCGGAUAUCAGAAAAGCAUUUUUACAAAUUAGCCUAAAUGUCAGGGAUAGAGAUUUCCUGACAUUCAUAUGGAAGACAGACGAAGGAAAAGAUUUACUAUAUCGUCACCGAAGGAUGGUAUAUGAGGUGAAUUCAAGUCCUUUUCUACUCGGCGCUACUUUAGAGCAACAUAUUGAAAAAUAUUGUGGAGGAGAAGGGGAAAACAUUUAUUCUGAAUCCACUGUAAACCGGUUAAAGAGAAGCAUUGUAGACAAUUGUGUCACUAGCAUACCGGAUGAGCAAACAAAAGAUCUUUUCGUAAGAGAAGCCACUGCACUGAUGGCCGAAGGUGGGUUUGCAUUGACAGGGUGGGAGUGUAGCAAGAUAGAAAGUUUGGAAGAUCACAUUGUACCAUUAUUGGGAUUAAAUUGGAAUACGAGACAUGACACUCUAAUGCUUUGUUAUACACCUCAGACAACGAAUACCGUGAUUACGAAGAGAAUUCUUCUUUCAUACGUUCAGCGAAUAUUCGAUCCAAUUGGAGUAACCAGCCCCACAACUUUGUACCCUAAGCUGAUGUUACAGAAAGUGUGGAAGAAUAAAAUUGGAUGGGAUGAGGAGAUAGAUGAUGAAACGAACAAAAUGUUCAUGAAAUGGGUGAGCGAAUUGCCAUUCAUUCUUCGUAUGGGGGGGGGGGCAAGGGGGGUCAAUCAUGCACCGGGCGCUACUUGCAAAUGUUCGUUAGCAACAGCUGGAAUGCUGGAAGACGAUAUGCCGCGCAAUGUCUGGACACACUUUUACAAGUAA